GCGCUUGCGCGGUUUAUGUUGGUGCUGUUCCGGGGUCGAUCGAGGCGGCUGUACAGUAAACCCAAUAACACUCUGUACGCAAUAAGGACUAUAUGCUACACACGUAGAAUAACAAUAUUUACUAAAUUAAACUGCUGAAAAUCUAUAACAUUUCAUAAAGAGAAGGACAAGAUGAAUUUUUUCAGGGGAGUGAUGGGCGGACAGCCGGCGGGUCCACAGCCCUCUGGUGCAGAGACGAUUCAGAAGCUGUGCGACAGAGUGGCGUCCUCCACGCUGCUGGACGACCGCAGAGACGCAGUCCGCGCGCUCAAAUCCCUCUCAAAGAAAUACCGUUUGGAAGUUGGCACACAGGCAAUGGGUCACUUGAUUCAAAUUCUACAGACUGACAGGUCAGACUCUGAAAUCAUUGGAUACGCCUUGGAUACAUUAUACAACGUCGUCUGUAAUGACGAAGAGGAGGAACAAGAUGAAUCAGAAGAGGAGAACUCUCAGAAACAGACCGAUGACUUGGGAGCUCAGUUCACGGACAUUUUAAUCAAAGAACCCGAAAACGUGACUCUUAUCCUGUCCCUGCUGGAGGAGUUUGAUUUCCAGGUGCGAUGGCCGGGGGUCAAGCUGCUGACAUCCCUCCUGAAGAACCAGUGCGCUCAGGUGCAGGGCAUCAUCCUCGUCAGCCCCAUGGGUGUCUCCAGGCUUAUGGACCUUCUGGCUGACUCCAGAGAAGUCAUUCGGAAUGAUGGCCUGCUGCUGCUUCAUCAGCUGACUAAAGGAAAUGCCGCCAUUCAAAAGAUUGUGGCUUUUGAAAACGCCUUCGAGAGACUUCUGGAUAUUAUCACAGAGGAGGGCACCAGUGAUGGAGGCAUUGUGGUGGAGGACUGCCUGCUGCUGUUGCUGAACCUGCUGAAGAACAACAGCUCCAACCAGAACUUCUUCAAGGAAGGCUCCUACAUCCAGCGCAUGAAGCCCUGGUUUGAGGUGGGGGACGACAACUCUGGCUGGUCGGCUCAGAAGGUGACCAACCUGCACCUCAUGCUCCAGCUGGUCAGAGUGAUGGUUUCUCCAGUAAACUCCCCUGGAGCCACCGGCAGCUGUCAGAAGUGCAUGUUCCAGUGUGGCCUCCUCCAGCAGCUCUGCACUAUCCUCAUGGCCACCGGUGUCCCUGCUGACAUCCUCACUGAGACCAUAAAUACUGUAUCGGAAGUCAUCCGCGGUUCCCAGGCCAACCAGGACUACUUCUCGUCCGUGAACGCGCCCUCCAACCCCCCCAGGCCUGCCAUCGUGGUGCUGCUGAUGUCCAUGGUGAACGAGCGGCAGCCCUUCGUCCUGCGCUGCGCGGUCCUGUACUGCUUUGAGUGCUUCCUGUACAAGAACCAGAAGGGCCAGGGAGAGAUCGUCUCCACGCUCUUGCCCUCAACCAUCGAUGCGAACUCGAUCUCGGCGGGGCAGCUGCUGUGCGGGGGUCUGUUCUCGGCGGACUCGCUGUCUAACUGGUGCGCGGCGGUGGCGCUGGCCCACGCCCUGCAGGACAACCUGACCCAGAAGGAGCAGCUCCUGCGGGUGCAGCUGGCCACCAGCCUGGGGAACCCGCCCGUGUCCCUGCUGCAGCAGUGCACCAACAUCCUGUCCCAGGGCAGCAAGGUGCAGACGAGGGUGGGGCUGCUCAUUCUCCUGUGCACGUGGAUCAGCAGCUGCCCCAUCGCCGUCACCCACUUCCUGCACAACCAGGACAACAUCCCCUUCCUGACGGGCCAGAUCUCUGAGAACCUGGGGGAGGACGAGCGCCUGGUGCAGGGUCUGUGUGCCCUCCUGCUGGGAAUCUGCAUCUACUACAACGACAACUCGCUGGAGAACUACACCAAGGAGAAGCUGAAGCAGCUGAUAGAGAAGAGGAUUGGGAAGGAGAACUUUGUGGAGAAGCUGAGCUCCAUUAACAAGCACGAGCUGUACUCUCGGGCUGCUCAGAAGCCCCAGCCAGCCUGCACCAGUCCGGAGCAGAUGCUGUUCGACCACGAAUUCACCAAACUGGUUAAAGACCUGGAGGGUGUUAUUACCAAAGCUGUACACAAGUCCAGCGAGGAGGAGAAGAAAGAGGAAGAAGUGAAGAAGACUCUGGAGCAGCACGACAGCAUCGUCACCCAGUAUAAGGACCUGAUCAGGGAGCAGGACACGCAGAUAAACGAGCUCAAGGAGCAGGUGUCCUCCAUCACCUCCAGGAACGAGCAGCUGCAGGCCACGGUCACCCAGCAGCUGGCCCAGAUCCAGCAGCACAGGGACCAGUACAACAUCCUCAAGCUCAAGUUAGGUAAUGACAGCCAGCAGCCAGUUGGCCAGGGCGAAGGAGCCCAGAUAAACGGGCUCCAGGGGGAGGAGCUGAGCCAGCUGAGGGCGGAGUUAGAGGACCUGCGCAGCCAGCACGCGCAGCUACAGGUCCAGCUGUCAGAGAAGGAGUCGGUCAUCGCGAGUCUGAGGUCAGAGGGGACUCAAGCAGUACAAGCUGUUCCCGGAGAGUCUGACAGUCCAGAACUUCUGAAGGAAGUGGAGUCUUUAAGGAGCCAGGUUGAGACGCAGUCAGCAGAGAUCAGCCGGCUACAGUCUGAAAGAGAGGAGCUUCAGCUCAGCGCCUCUGUGGCCUCUGCUCCGGUGCUUUCCGGGGACGCCACGCAGAUCAGCGAGCUGGAGAAACGACUCUCCGCCCAGAACACGGAGACGGAGAAACUACAGGAGGAGGUGAAGAGGCUGUCGGAAUCGCAGAGCGGCCUGGAGCAGCAGCUAGCGACCGCUAACAGCACGGUGGCCAUCCUGCAGACGGAGAAGAGCAAGCUCCAGCAGGAAGUGGCCGAGUCCAAAAAGGAGCAAGACGAUCUCCUCAUGCUGCUGGCCGAUCAAGACCAGAAGAUCCUGUCGCUGAAGCAGAGGCUCAAGGACCUGGGAGAGUCUAUUGAAGAUGAGGAUGACUUGGAUUCCAAGGACCAGUUUGAUGAUGAUGAGGAUGAUGAGGAGGACGACGACGAAGAUGAUGAAGAUGAAGAAGAAGAGGACGACGACGAAGCAUAGAGAAGAUUUGGGAGACUAAAGACAUUACUGCACCGUGUAAAGCUAAGACACUACUAGAGAAACGGAAAGGGAAAUUGGUCCUUUCAUGUCUUACCCUAGACUAAAUUUUAAUGUUCAGCUUUUAUGUUAGGCAAAGGACAAGCAAGUUUCACACAGUAAGCAAACCCAAAGACCCAUGUGUUUAGAGUUUUUCAUUUUUGGCUGUUUCUCUUGCGAGACAGUGAGCACUCUGAUUAAUUGCUGGCACUAGUUAUUACACUAGUUCCGUGGCCUAUGUCAAAAGCUUUUAA